CGGGAAAGCCUCUCCGAAGCGACCACCCACAGUUCACUGCGGCCUCGCGAGCCGUGUGAGCCACAACAACGUUGGGCAUUUCGCACCGUGUCGUUCAAUCGCUCGCUCGGACUACCCUCGGUAGACACACUCAUCUCCUUCCAUCAUGUAAACAAAGCGCCUGGGGUACGCGUCUCCCACGGACGUGGAUCUGGAAAACGUUCGUGAUGUAACACGUGGCGCUCGUAGGAUCCAGAGGUGGAGGUUCUUAAUUACACACAAAAAAUGAGAAAGUAAAAGUGACAUUCCACACUCCUGCGAAAGUAAUACGUAGUGCUGAGUGCUAAAAUGGAGGAAUUUCGAAUCCAGAAUGUGGCAUUUCGCUGGCAAGAUCAAUGAUGGUGAAAAACCAAUUCCAACAUACUCUGGACAUCAUAAUAUUAUUAUGAGUUGCUGAGUUUGUGGACGAUAUCUUGCUCGGGGCUGAGAGAACAACUUUGAUCUUCCCCGGACACCGUAAUAAUCGCUGGAUCUUGAAGAUGUUUUUGUCCGAUAAAUUCAAGAUUGAUGGUCCAACUUUGAUUUCCAUAAAAACUCCGAUCUGCUAGAUGUAACGAUCGCCUGGGCUUUUUUUUGAGUGGCUCUUAUUAAUCUAAUUAUAUAUAAAUUUGACAAUUCGCAACAAUUCUCUAUUGGCAGUCGUGACAGCAUUCAAAUGAAAAAUUCGAAGUUGUCCAAGCUGAAGAAGACCACCAUUCCGUUCGUUCGUCCACGACGCUUCUCCUUGCUUAAUCGAAACGAACAAUUCACCAAUCAUUUCUUUCACGUCACGGCUUUCAUCGUAUCGAUGCCCCGUGUGCAUUCGCCACUCGUAAUCGGUGAUCAAUUGUUGCGGCGAUCUCCAAUAUUGCGUGACCUUCGUCUAUACAGCCGCUGUUAAACACUUUGAUGAAGUAAUACGUCGUCCUUUCGCCUUCAGAAAUACCGGAUUGUAAUUACAUCCUUUCUUGCAAGCCAAGACAGAUAACGGACGAGGGCAACGAGGAUCCCCGUUUAUACUGCGACGAAUUAAGUACGUAGGACAUUCGAGAAGAUAGAUCCUAUCUUCGUCGAUCCUGUCGACCACGUGUUUCGUGUGAUCUUCGCGGUGGUGUGGGAGUGUUAUGACGAGGUGUAACGGUGUGCGAAGUCUCGUGAUAACGAUGCUUUAAGUGUUUACGCGGAGGAGCUGCACCUAUCUUCCGAUAACACAGAUCCAGCGAUCUUACACGAUCAUUCAUGUAAAUCACUGUUAACGUCUCAAAUUUAUCAUCCUUGAAAAGGAGCACUGGAAGUGUCCCUUUCGUGGUGACGAUUAUCGAAAAUUAUCUGCUUGACACAACACUUUCAGCGGAAUUAAUUAAGAUUGAUAGUCUGGGUCAAAGACAUUAAUAUACAUGUAUACAAUACUUGAUAGAGACAUCUUGUAAUUAUGCAAACUAUCGGUACGAUUAUACGCGUAAGCGUUGUCUACGUCUGUCCAUGAUGAUCGCUGGUACAUUAUCAACCACGGCAAUAUUGAUAUUGUUUCAGUUUUCAAAGCGAUAAAGCAUGUAGUUAAUCGUACAGGCAUGAUUUUUCCUAACAUUGAGCAUAAUAAUAAUUAACACUUUCGCUGCCGCAAUACUUCUAGCAAAGGAAAGGGUUACGAUCAGAUAAAAUUUUUUCUCUCGACUAAUCUGCCUUUAAAUUCAUGCAAGAUAUUAUUUUAUGUUGCACAUUAAUGUAUAGGAAAUCAUUAUUUGUCAAAAUUAUUUCUUCGUUAUGCUAUCCAUCGACAUAUUUUUCACUUCUACAGUAGGAAUGAUUUAGUAGAAUAAAUUUUUCGAUAUAAAAUCAAAAUGAUGAGAGAUAAUCAUUGGUCCUACUGUCAGUGUAGUAAGUAUUUUGUCACUUUAACUGAAACUAUUGUUAAAUGGAUACAAUACUAUAAUACAGAUAAAAUGCUAAACGAAAUUGUGAUGUUUUAGAUGUAUGACAUUUGGUGGUGAAAGUGUUAAUGCGGUUUCACAAUCUUACUAUCAAUCAUAAUGAGAAAAAUACGACAAAAUUAGCAUACACUGCGUCGUCGAUGAAACAAGCAAACAGCUGUCAAUUCAUCGGCUCGGCCGCGUAUGUUUGUACUAAAGCAAGACAAAUAACACCAGUUCGACGUAACAACAUAAGCUCAUAAUGAAAUCAAGUAUAUGCCACACAAUGUCUUGCUUUCCCAUAAACCUUGCAUUAAAAGACAAAGAACUUUACUUUCUUAACAAACAGCAGAAUGUGAUUAAAUAAUCUCGAAUAACUGAAUAGAUAAAUCAAUACGAUGACCGAGAAGAAAUGAUAAUAAUCGAUCGAAUAAUAUAAUCGAGUGUGACAACUAAUGAAGAUGCCAUCACCGGAAAUCUCUAAUAGUCAAUGUGGAAAACAUUGUGACAUUAUUUUUGUGUGUCGGAGGAAUUGUCAUGAAACUAAAAUAUUGCAAGUUUGCUUUCUCGAGGCGAACAGGAUGCGUCGGGAGUGAUUCGGGAACGAGCGCAGCUAAGAAGAACUCGGAGGUUACCGUUGUACGCAGACACUUCAAAAUCUGUGAAAAAUGAAAAAUUCCAUUUGGACGUCAACUCGAAAUUUGAGAAAGAUCCUAACUGCAACUGUGCAAAGUAAUCGCAACGACAAGAUAUAAAGAAAGAAAUCGUGAUUAUAUAUGAUCGCACUUAGAACCUACAUAAACGGACAAUCAUUAGCUCAAGAAAAAAACCCAAGUAUACGAAACGUCUAGAAGCUCAAGUACUCAAGUACCAAUUUAUCCAAGUAGUUUAACGAAGCUUAUUUUCCGAGAUGCAUUCUCGCCUAAUUCUCUUAUUUUGGACUUUAUUGACAAGUGAGUCGCGAAGCAUUCUAAAUAAAUCAUCUUGGAUGCUGCAAAUUAAUUACCUCGCGAUCUACAAUAUCGCCCAGGCGAAACUAUAAUUUGACCUUCGUAAAUGGAUCGAUUGCACGUCAGCCAUAUCGAGGACGACGCGGAAGACGACGAAAAAGAAGUUAUUGGACAACGGUAGCCAGUCGAAAAAUUCGUGGAAAGAGAAACUCUAGUUCCUCAAGAUGGGUUACAACGAGACGUUGAAUCUCAGCAACACCGCGACUCUACAAAGCAAUUUUCUCCCCGACACCGGCCAGCGAAAUAUCAGCAAAAGCCAUCACAAUAUCGAGUAUGUUCUGCUAACUGGCAAAGCCUUUAUUAUGAUAUUCAUUAUUCUCUGUGCUCUGUUUGGUAAUCUAUUAGUUAUUGUCUCGGUUAUGAGGCACCGCAAGCUCCGGGUAAUCACCAAUUAUUUCGUGGUAUCGCUGGCUCUGGCGGACAUGUUAGUGGCGUUAUUCGCCAUGACGUUCAAUGCUUCCGUGGAACUUUCUGGACGUUGGUUAUUCGGGUAUUUCAUGUGCGACGUGUGGAACUCGCUGGACGUCUUCUUCAGCACCGUCAGCAUCCUCCACCUUUGCUGCAUCAGCGUCGACAGAUAUUACGCGAUUGUCCAACCGCUGGACUAUCCGUUAAUCAUGACGAACGCAAGAUUGGCAACCAUGUUGAGCGUCGUGUGGUGUUUCCCGACUGUUAUGAGCUUCCUACCGAUCUUCGCGGGAUGGUACACCACGAAGGAGCAUCUAGAAUUCAGGAGGCAGUCUCCAGAUGUGUGUAUGUUUCAAGUCAACAAGUUCUACGCUGUCGUCAGUUCCAGUGUGAGCUUCUGGGUACCGGGAAUAAUCAUGAUCGCGAUGUACUACAAGAUUUAUCGCGAGGCCGAUCGUCAGGAACGCAUGCUGUACCGGAGCAAAGUCGCGGCCGCUUUGUUAAAUAAACAUCUGCAGAUCAACGGGAUCUCGGCCGGUCUGACAUCUCUGCCAACUGUAGACCAAACGACGCCUGAACCGCAACCGGAAGAGCCGCCGAUGACUAGCAGUAGCAAAAUGAAAAGAGAGCGAAAGGCAGCUAGGACACUUGGUAUAAUCAUGUCAGCGUUUCUGGCUUGCUGGCUGCCUUUCUUCCUUUGGUACAUCAUCACGUCCCUGUGCGAUUCUUGCGAGAGCGGCGAUGUGGUGGUAGCGACGGUGUUUUGGGUGGGCUAUUUCAACAGCGCCCUGAACCCGCUGAUCUAUGCGUACUUUAAUCGCGAAUUUCGCGCAGCCUUUCGCAAAACCCUCGAAAGCUGCUGCCGCGCAAUCGGACCGGUACGCGACCUACGCCAGGUGCAUCGCAAACAGGACCUCGUGCACAGCAACGCCUCGUCAGAGCUGCACGUCAACAAUCAGCUGCGCAGUAGCGAGAUGACUAACGUCCACAUAGAGGCGUGUAUUUAAACGGAUCAUGCGAUCCUGUGUGGCGAAGAAAGUAACGGCGAAGUGUUCGAAGCAUCUUCUGGAUAGAUAAAAAUAGGUAGGACUGGAGCAGGUAGGGCAGAUGAAUUCCAAAAGUAAUAAUUAAUUAGAUCAAUCGAAAAAUUUGUUACUUCCUUUUUCUGUACACAAACUUUUUAAUAAUUCGAUACUACAAUAUUUUUUUUUUCUAUGAAAAUCUCGAGCUUAAAGUAUUACUGUUAAGCACGUGGAACAAGAUUUGAUGAAAGAUAUAUCUCAAUUCUUCUCUGAAAUAUAAAGGAAGAUUAUAAUUUGAUAAAAAAAAAUUAAUUUAAUUUUUUUAAAAUGUAUUUUUGUAUGUUCAUGAAACGAAAGCAAAUAAUUGAAAUUUUUAAAUUAACCUGUGGGGAUGUUGGUAUUCACUAUUGUCUUACUUUCUUUUUAUAGUCUUCUAUGAUUAUCUCUUUGAGAUAAUAAGGUUUGAGAAGGAAAUUCAGGGAUAUAAAGUAUAAAGAAAAAUAAGAAAGCAAAUAUUUCAAAGAAUUUAUCAUUGAAAUUAAGACUGUUUAAAAUUCACACAAAGAAUUUAUCGUUAAAAUUAAGAUCGUUUCAAAUACGCCAAAGCAUUUCAAAUCAUUCAAGGUCGUAAAAAUGUGCAACGUCAUGUAUUUGUAUCAAGCAUUCGCAAAUACCAAAUCCGAUUUGCGUGAGAGAGAAGCUCAUAGUCCCAAAGAGAGUGUGAAUAGAGUAUGUACGCCAUACUCGUGCCUAUUUCGUUCUGCGGCCGACCUAUUUUAAGGGACACAUUCGCCACCGUCCCCAAGGGUCUAUUUCUGUCUCGGCAGCGUUCCAUCAGGUCCGUAAAUAAGGCUUCUGUCCGUCGGCAGAUUGAUGUUCCGAUUCAGUAGUAAUAUUUUAGCGGUGGUUCGAUAACGUCGAAAUGAAUUUUUGUACUAACAUUUGAUUCGUACGCGAACUUCCAUUUUGCCAUAAUUGACAUCGUACGUGUACUUUUCAAACAAAUUAAAUUUCUGAAAUCGAACUGAUAAUAUUGUGACCACCAAUAUAAUGCUGCAAUGAAUUAAUUAUAUAAUUAUAUAUUAUUUGCAAUAUGUUAGAAAAUUUUGACUUUUGAAGCUUGCAUGUGAAAAGAUUUUUGGCUUUCAUUCGACUACGUUCACUCUUAAUCUUCUUUUGGAUAGAUUAGCCGAAAAAUUAAUCUCUGAAAUUAACUAAGCGCUACACUAAGCGCUAGCUAAGCGUUUCGAGAACUUUUUCUGUAAAAAGAAAUUAGCCCAAAAUUGAUUAAAUUGCAUAAUUUACAAGAAAGCAUGAAAGGACUAAUUAAUGGGAUCUGGUGGUUUGAGAUAUUUCUGUAGACGCUGUCCCGCGAUUGGAGGAGAAGUAAAGGGAAAAACAAAGAGACCAAAGAAAAGAGUUGGAGGGCGGGAGAUAAAGCCGUUCUACUCGUUUAGGGGAUCACUUUGUACAUAAUUGCGCUGCGAAAGCGCGUUUCGUUAUAAUCAAAGGGAUUUAUAAUAACGAGCUCUUAGCGUUAAACGAGGUAUCAUUGUAAAUACGAAUCUGCGUUCGUUUAGGCUCGAGUAACUUCGUGUAUAAAUGUUAAAGCGUAUCAUCCCUCCCGCAAGACAAAUCAUUAUAUCGGAAUAGAUAAAUUUACGAGGGCAUGUUAUUAAAGAGAAUCACUAAAAUGCCAAAGAUGAAGCAGAAUAUAUAUUAUAUAUACACAUAGUAUAUCUAUAUGUACAGCAAUAAGACGUAAGAAUGACGUUCCGUUAUUCGUUAAUCGUAAAAUAUAUUAUAUAUUUAUUAUAAUUUAUUGUAAGUUAUUUGUUAUAACGAAUGUAGCAAAUACUCGAUUAAAACUUAGAUCGAAUUAAUUGUUUUAAUUUUUGUAAACGUUUAAAAAGAUUGAAGGAGCCUGAGUUAUCUUCGUUAAUAUGUUAUUAUUCAUAUUAUUUAAAUACUUUUUAAUUCUUGCUUUAGGAAAUAACAAAAUUAUUGAAAUUACAUUAGAUCGAUUUAUCUCAGAGAGGACAUUUUAUUUAUCCAAAUUUUUAUUUUUUAUAAGAAGUAACACAUCUAUUUUAUGAACAAUGUUAUUUCAGAAUGACUAUUUUGUUUAUACUGCCAAAUGCUUUCUUAUGUUCAGUACGAUUUGACAACAUUAAUAACAAAUAAAAUAGUAAUAAAAGAAUAUAAUACACAUUUUAUAUAUUAUUUAAUUUUAUAUAUAUUGUCGAUCAAUAAGAUAGUCUAUAAAAUAUUUUACUGCCAUCUUAGUCGAGAUAUUUGUAUUGGAUUACAUAAAUAAAACAUCAUGCAUAAUAUAUUAACAUUUUUUUAAAAUAAAGUCCUCUUUCUAAGAUUAUUUCGGUCUAUUAUUAUACAGAGUAUUUGAAUUUUUAGAAGAGAUUGAUGACGGGGUGAUCACAAAACAAAUCAGGUUUACGAAGGCGCAAUUGAUUUUCAGUUUUUCUCUUUUUUGUCUUUUAUUAACUUUUUUAUAUUAUCGGCUGACAGAUCAAAGAAGACGAUAUACGUAUAUAGUUAUGUAUAUUUCAGAGUGCAGAACAAUCACUAAAGUAAACAUGGUCGAGCGUGGACGAUAUCGUGGGCAUGUCUUUCUACUGUAAUUAAAAAUUGCAAUUAGUAAAAAUUGGAAUUUUAAUUACAUGGAUAACAGUUCCUAAUAACUUUAACUUUCAAAGAUGUAGAAAAAUGAGAGAGAGAGAGAGAGAGAGAGAGAGAGAGAGAGUGUAUGAGAGUUAUAAAAAAAAAUUUGAAAGAAAAUAAAUGUGUAAAUUAUAAGGUUUCUUUAAAUAUAAUAUUCUAAUUUAAAUUAAUUUAGAAAAAUAUUUUAAUUCUGACACGGAAAAUAUAUAUUUUUGUAUCAAUCAAGAUCGAUCCUAGAAGAUUUCUAAUACAUAAAUUUCAAUUUCUUCUAAUUUCUUUUUUAUUUGUAUUUUAGUUUCUUUUCCAUAUAUAUUUUUGCAGGGAAAGAAUUACGGGGUACAAAAUUGCUACGAAAUCGUUCGCCGGCUCGAUCCAUUCGUAUAUCACGUAUCUGUUAGGCUACAUAUAAAGGCGGCUAGUGUCCUCCUAAUGUAACGUAAUGUGCAACGUUGUAAAUCGAUGUUUACGAGACGUUUCUGACGCUAAAGUCGUUUUGCGUGCAAUCAAGUUGGCAAAGCAAUUUUAUCGCAAGGGAGAAAGGGAAGUAAAACCGAUUUCAGAUGAUUUAUAAUUUGUGAAGGGAAAUUACAAAAACAAUUUUAAGUAUUAAAAUAACAAGAGAUUAAAUAUAUAAAAAUUUAUAUAUCGAAUUAUUGAUCGUCUGAAAUAGGCCUUAGACAAAAGACAUUCCUAACGAGGAGAGAAACACGUAGUAUUUUAAUGACAAUAGUGUGAAUGAGAGAAAAUUUAUCAUUCCUUUUAUGAAUGCGUAAUUUCUGUAAACUUUAGAUUAAUAUCAAGAUCGUUCUGUGAGAAAUUGUAUUAUCUUGAAUGCAUGGUUACAUGGACAUGGCGGAAUUUACAGGUUGCAUAAUUAUAUUUACUGUAGUGUGGUUUCAUGGAUCGUGAUACAUGACGAAGAGGCUAAUUCGCUGCGAGAUUAUCACAUGCGACUAAUUUGCAGCGUAUAUCGCUAGAUAAUAGAGAAAUUAAUACGAUAAAUGAUGGAUAUGUUCAUUUUCUCAUAAAUUUCGAAGUCAAUAUAUAUGUAUAUUUUGACGCAAUAACUUGUUAUGCAUAUUCCUUGUUACAAGAUGUUAACGAUUAUUUCUCGAUUCACUGAAACGACUAUAAUUUACAACGUACGUUUUAAGUAGUAUAAAUAUUAACUUUUUAAUUUCUCUCAAUUAUCAAUAUUUAAAGUACCUGAAACGAAAUCAAUAUGUAAGUGUACAUAAAUGCAUUUUUUCUUUUAACUGUAAUCUUCUAAAAAGGUUUAUAAUUUAAUUAUUGCACAUAUAUACGCAUACAUCUCGUCAUUACUCUAACAGCAUUUUAGAAUUCAUAAGAUAUUGUGUGAUGUUAGGAUAUCGAUGGCAAAAAUAUUUUUUAAUUGUAUAUUUGUUUUAAAAUAUUUAUGACGUAUAUAUUUAUUUAUUUAUAGCAUUAUUUAUCUCUUGCGCAAUUAUUAGUUUACAAUUAUAUCGUCAUUAAUAGCGAAUUUAAUUAAAAGUUGCCUACGUUGCUACGCGUCCGCCAUAAUGAGAGCCUAAUGAUAUAUUUGCAAAUCGUUGCAAAUAGCAUUUUUAUGCCAUGACGAAAGAAUAUGUGUGUAUGUGUACGAGGCAAGAUCUUCAUGUAUCGUGUAGGUACAAAGCGCGAAUGUAUAGACUGCGUUUGGAGAUGUGGAUCUACUGUGUAGAAAAUUAAUAACAAUGUUUUAAAGAAA